ACCUUGAUUUGGUGGUCACUUUCUCUCCUUUUUCGCUGUCUUUAACGGUCUCACUCCCAUUCUCCCUCUCUCGUGGGUGGAUGUAUAUCGACUUCCGAUGUCAAUGUUGUUAUCAGCCUUCGUCUAUGCUAAAAGCUUAACCCGAGUUUGCUUUCUCAGUUUUGCUCUGUAAUUGUUUUGCUCCGUAAUUGUUUUGCUCCAAAGUUCAAUUCAUUGUGUUGUAUUCUCGAGUUUUUCUUGUUUUCCCGAUGGAGGUGAAAGUGAACGGGCCUGGAAAUGGCGAUUGUUCGAGUCGGCUUGUGGAUGGACCUACCAACCCCAUGGUUACUCCUUUGCUAACCGAUCUUUAUCAGUUCACUAUGGCUUAUGCUUAUUGGAAAGCCGGCAAGCAGAACGAGCGAGCUGUGUUUGAUUUAUAUUUUCGGAAGAGUCCUUUUGGUGGUGAAUAUACAGUUUUUGCUGGUUUAGAAGAAUGCAUAAGACUUAUAGCUAAUUUCAAAUUCACAGAGGAAGAAAUAUCUUUUAUCAAGAAGUCUUUACCUUCAUCGUGUGAGGAUGCAUUCUACAAGUACCUUAGAGAAAUCGACUGUUCUGAUGUCGAAGUCUAUGCUAUUUCAGAGGGAUCAGUUGUUUUCCCAAAGGUGCCCCUAGUAAGGGUCGAAGGGCCAGUUGCUGUGGUACAGUUACUAGAAACUCCAUUUGUAAAUCUUAUCAAUUAUGCAUCUUUAGUUGCUACAAAUGCUGCUAGACAUCGAUUUGUUGCUGGAAAAUCUAAACUUCUUCUCGAGUUUGGACUUCGGAGAGCUCAGGGUCCUGAUGGUGGAAUUAGCGCCUCAAAGUAUUGCUAUCUUGGAGGGUUUGAUGCAACAAGCAACGUUGCAGCUGGGAGGUUAUUUGGGAUACCACUUCGUGGGACACAUUCCCAUGCAUUUGUUAGCUCAUAUAUGAGCCCAGAUGAGAUCAAAGAUAAGUCACUUCGUAGCAGUGAUGGCUCACGCACCUGUGAAGAUUUUCUUAGUGCAGCUCAAAUGUGGUUAAACAAGAUUCAGUGGUUGCCUUCCUUACAUGGCAUUUUUGGUGAGACCAACCAAAGUGAGCUGGCUGCGUUCACGUCUUAUGCUUUGGCAUUUCCAUCCGACUUCCUUGCUCUUGUGGAUACAUAUGAUGUUAUACGGAGUGGAAUCCCUAAUUUCUGUGCAGUUGCUAUGGCACUCCAUGAUUUGGGGUACCAAGCUAAAGGGAUUAGGUUGGACUCUGGUGAUUUAGCAUAUUUGUCACGUGAGGCACGAAAAUUUUUCAUGACUAUUGAAAAGGAGUUUGGGGUGCCUGGAUUUCAAAAUAUAAAUAUUACUGCCAGUAAUGACCUCAAUGAGGAAACUUUAGAUGCUUUAAACAAGCAGGGUCAUGAGGUUGAUGCAUUUGGAAUUGGAACCUAUCUGGUUACAUGUUUUACUCAGGCUGCUUUAGGAUGUGUCUUCAAGCUAGUUGAAAUAAAUAAUCAGCCCCGCAUUAAACUUUCUGAAGACGUUUCAAAGGUCUCAAUCCCAUGCAAAAAGCGUACUUUUAGAUUAUAUGGGAAAGAAGGCUAUCCUCUGGUAGACAUAAUGACAGGCGAGAAUGAACCGCCUCCUCAGGUGGGCGAAAGAAUUCUCUGCCGUCACCCAUUUAAUGAAUCGAAAAGAGCAUAUGUGGUGCCACAGCAAGUAGAGGAGCUUCUCAAGUGCUACUGGAGUGGAAAAUCAGGUAAAACAGCAGAAUGUUUACCAGCUCUGAAGCACAUACGGAGUCGUUGCAUUAAACAACUCGAGAACAUGCGUCGUGAUCACAUGAGAAAACUUAAUCCAACUCCAUACAAAGUUAGCGUGAGUGCGAAACUGUACGACUUCAUUCAUUUCUUGUGGCUAAAUGAGGCGCCUGUUGGGGAGUUGCAAUAAAAACAGCCAUUAUUGGUCGCUCUAGCCCAAAGUAAGACUCGUUGUUCCUAUAUAGACUCGUUGUUCCUAUAUAGUACAGAUAAAAUGAUACAGCCACUUGCUCCAAGCAUUGCUUAUGUGUCUCUGCGUUGAAUAAAAUAUGAACAACCGGUUGUCUCUAUUAUAUAUAAGAAACUUUUGGUCUUCCACUGCCAUUA